AUGACAGUUGCAGGUUUGAGAUAUCGACAAAAGGUGUACGAUGCAGCCCCCACAGUCACGAAGAAUGGUAGUUUCAUCUACGGAGGAUCGCCAGAAGACUACCAUGAGUGGGAGUUCCGAACACAGUUACGGAUUGCAGCCCAAGAACAACGAUCCCGGAAAGUCCGUAAGAAGAAGAAGGAUGAGUCGUUUACAACUUCAAGCAAGCCCGAGACAGGGAAGAAGGAGAGAACCCCGAAGGGAGCAUCGUCAGAGAGAGGGUCGGAGCAUGGACCUAGAUCGGAAGGGUCGUUUGAUGGAAUGGAAGGUUUCAUCCACGAAGACGCUGAUGAGCGUGGCCGCGAUCAAGAUGGCGAUUCAGAAGAAGUUGAUGACGGCAGGAUGGAAACAGUUCUUAAAGUGCUUGAGGGUUUGAGAGGUGAUGCUUUCCAGAAGGCGAAGGAUUUGGGCAUUGCCAAGUUGGGUGAAAAGAAUGGACUUCAAGUUCUGAUUGAUGAGAUAAAGAGGAUGGUUUUCCCGCUUGGUACACAGGAAGCUCAGGCUUUGUUCCGCAGUGGUCAGGACAAGUUCGGACCCUUGGCUAGGCAGCAAAUCGAGUCUGUUGUCAGCUACGUAGGCAGGCGCCGUCGUUGGUGGCUGCUCAUGCAACAGCUAGAUCCUCGGAUUAGUCUUUCGGACAGUUUGAGGGCCGAAUUGCUACUGGAACUUAGCGGUCUGACUAGAGAUCAGCAGUUGAUGAUCAAGGCAUGUGCCGGUGGGAUAGAUACCUUUGAAGGUUAUGCGAAGAUCAUGAUUGAGCAUCACGGACUGAUUCACCUACGCAGUCAACGUAUCCUUGGGUCACAGGCUUUCAUUGCGACUCUGUCAGAUUCCAGUGAUGAUGAUGAGGAUUGCCUGGUGAUUUCCGAUGGAGGACAAGGGACGUCUCAUGCCAUGAUGGCCUACAAGGCAGGCGCAACGCCGAAGUCAAGCGCCGCACCUAGACUGUCACCUUCCCAGGUACGUGAUCUGGGUAGCCAGGUUGUUCCACCUGGAGGAAAUCAGAGAUUCAAGUUCGGGCAACAUACAGGGUUGUCGUUUGAGGAAGUGACAUGGAAGUACCCGGGAUAUGCGGUAUGGGGAUUCAAGGAGAAGAAGCCUUCGUUGUAUCUUGCAGCAUAUCUGGAUUGGGUGCGCAACUACUACGAGAUCGAUGAAGAUACAGUAGAGGUCACUAGGCGAGAGAUUCCUCUCGACCGCAUGGGACCAUCUCAAGCCUCUGGACCGUCCGGCCAGGGAGCGCAAGUAUCUGCGCCAGCAUCAUCCAGUCACUAUACGGCGAAGAAGAAGCCCCCGAAUCCUCCACUCCCGGUGAAGUGCAGGGUGUGUAAGGAUGUCAGCACACAUGGAACCAAUGCGUACGUAACGGUGAGGACUUGCAGGGAUUGUGGGCAUGUUGAGAAGAUAAAGAAGACCCAGCCAGAGAAGAAGGACAUCACACAGUGCAGUCAUGAGAAUACGAGCAGAUUGGGCAGUUCUAGAUCGACGAUGAGAGUCUUUUGCAAGGAUUGCGGAAAUUUCAUCGAUGAGAUGCCACGAGAAGAAGCAAAGCGCAGAGAGACGACAGGUAAGAGCAUCGCAUCAGCUACGUCGCAGUCGUUUGAUCUGGUAUCUAACAUCUACCAAGACAUCACAAAUGAGACCCAGCUGAGUACCGCUCAAGUCCUGAGAGUUCUUGAUGAUCUUCGAACCCAGGUAGAGAAUGAGUUGGUAGCGCAAGAUUGCGCAGGGGAAGUACCGUCUAUCAAAGUGGGUACGCUACAUGCAAUCGUGCAAGACAGUGUUCUAGCAGCAGUGGUAGAAGAGGAGAGACCACAACCCCCGACAACGACGCAGAUCCCCGACAUGCCGUCACGCGCACGCGCUUUCCCAGGUCAUUCGAUGUCAGCAGCUGCGGGAAGCGAGAGACGAAGGACCACGAUGUCUGACAUGGAUGAAGAUAGCUUGAGUGGGUACAUGGCGGUUCUUCAGGAUGACGAGGUUACUUUGACCCUACCCGAGGUAGAUCUGAUGUCCAGCCCUGACACUUACGCAGUACUUGACGAAGGUGCAAAUAGCUCCGUUGCGGGUGGAGUAUGGAUGCGUAACACAGAGCAGAAGCUACACCGCCUGGGGUUUGAGGCUCCAUGGAUGAGUUCGGAGGCCAAGACCUUUAACGGGUUAGAUUCCACCACUUCUACCCUGGGUACGAGACGCGUUCCCUUUUCCAUAUUGUUAUUCGACCUUGACCGUUCCGGCAAGGGCAAGACAUAUGAAGGGGAUGAACCCGAGCUUAGUGGAAGGAAUUUGGUGUCGGGACUUCUGGAUGUUCACGUUCUUCCGGAGUCGAACAACGCCCCUUUGCUGCUCUCCCAAUUUGCUCAAUGUCGGCUUGGACUGGUCAAGAACAUGAGGGACUUUACAUGCACGAUACUCAGAGACAACAUAGAGAUGCAUGGUGGAGAGCUUGGUUUCACCGAUGGCCCUGUGAACCCUGAUCCUGCGAGUCUUGUGAGCUCAGACAAGCCCUCGAGCUCUGGCGAUCUUUUGGAUGUGAGUUCCGAUCGUUUGCAUACCGCUGCGACAUCCACUACUUUUCCCGGCGAAGCUGAGACAUCUGGUGGUUCCUUGAGUUCCGAUUUUUUGCCCGACGCCGCGAGUCUUGAUACAUCUGCGAAUAUGGCUGCGAGCAGGCCGGCUGGUAAUCGCACGACUGUUUUUAUUGGCUCCGUGGGCGUUAGAAUCAACUCUUGGGCAUCGCAGUGGAAGGCGUAUGCAGAUGGCCAUAAGCAGUACGACUCUGAGGCUAAACGGGCCGCGCUCGAGCUGGUGAGAUCAGUUUUCGGGCCCCAGGUGCCCAGCAACGCUUCAUGUUUCGUCUGCGACCUCGCUGCAGUAUCCGACCCGGCACCCAUCACGAACCAUAUAGGGAAGAACCCCGCUAUUUUGGAUCGGGUGGCGCAUGCCCCGGCUUUGGUCAAUGCUCUCGCUGGCCUACGCACCUGGGUAGCUAAGAGCACCCGGCCUUCCUCGAUGUACAUCUUAUUUAUUUGCACUGCUGCGAGACACCGAUCUGUGGCCGCUUGUGAGCUGACCACAGCUAUCCUCGAUGCUGAGUGCAAUUUUGAGAUCGUACACCCUGGUCGCGAUGACUGUUGGGCAUCUAUGCGCUCCUGUUUCGGCCGUUGCUCGAGCUGUAGCUGGGAGUCGACCAAUCAUCCUGCAGCUGUCGCUAAGGUCAUGAAGGACAUGCGACGCAGCAUCGCCUACACCCACGUUAGCUGGGAUGAGCCGACGCUGCGGGGCUCUGGAUGGUACGGGCCGUGGAGACGAGCGGUGCCAUCUCAGGAGGUCGUCGACCUGGAGCAGGAGACGCCCAGGCCUUCGCAGAGGCACCCUGGAGCAUACAGCGGCACGGACCGCGUGCGAGAAGUGCCCACGAGCUCGGGAGCCUCGGAUCGUGACCUUUCCUCGCAAGAAGCUGCCCUGCAGGCCGAGAACGCGAGGCUGCGCAUGGAGCUGCUGGCUGCGGAGAACGAUCGCCUGAGGAGCGAGCUGCAGUCUUUGCAGGGAGGCCGAGAUCCAAUCCCUCGGAGAAGGGAGCCAACUGAGCUUCGCAGCGAUGCUGAUGUGAGGGGCCGAGCUGCAGCUAGGACUGAGGCUCGCACUCGCGAGACAUUGCAGAGGUCGCGAACGCCACGCAUUUUGCCUGCGGAACCUAGUGUGCCGCCACCGCUUUGGAAGAGGAUCCCGCGAACCAGCGGCGCUAUUGCGGAUGAUUGGAGGCAUGACAUCACCCGCGAGGUUGGUCCGUGGCUGGAUCGUGGCAUUUUGGCGGAGUUGUUGGAUACAUUGGGCUCGCGUAUUAGCAGCAAGUUUCUCCGUUGCAAGCAGGAGCUUUGGUGCGGUCCUUCAGAUGAGUUGCAGACGGCCGAGAACUUCCGGCAGAACAUCCGUGUUGUUUUGUAUGAUGUCCGUAAGGGCAUGGAUAUGAAGCAGUUGCCACGUUUUGUUGCGGUUUCUCGGGAGAUGCAUCCUCUGAGUUGGAGUGAGGUGGCCUUCACGAAGCGUGGUCGGACGUGGACAUCUCGGGAAGGAGACGCGGGGUCUACCGAGAUCGAUUCUGGAGCCGACUUCGUCCUGGUCGUGCAGCACCCUACGUAUCACAGCAGCCUUGCAUAUGAAAAAGAGAAGCAGGCCUACACAGCAAUCAUGAACCCUACCCAGCGCAACAGUUACCAUCCCGCGACUACCCUGAUACUCAUCCAUGACAACCAAGAGUUCCCCUUGUGUCCCGGAAUUUCCCAAAUGUCGCCGAAGGAUUACAAGAUCACCCGACUCGUCCACGAGAUCAACGAGCACAGGCCAGGUCUGAUCGUGUACAAGGCUUUGGAACCGGAUUCUAAGAUCAUCAUGGAUUUGCUUUGUGAGUCUGACGCCUCAGGAGUGACUGUUUGCAUCCUGUCUCCCAUGUCCAUGAUGCCUUACUGUGGAGUGUACACCCAUGAGUGUGAGGGAGAUGCGGAUAUGGUGUGCGUUGGACCGUUGGCCCGCACUAUUGGGAAGGACAUCUGCGUGUGGUUUGAGGGUGAUGGUUACACACCCAAAGCAUAUCAGGACACAAAUCAGCAUAAGUUCGUAGAUCUCUUGAAGACCAUCGCUGAUGAAGCGUACCUCGAGAUGAUGUCGAGCGCGAUGGUUGCAGCCACAGGUGGCGAUUUGGACGAUGUGCCUGAUUACGAGCCUGACACACCCGAAGGGUCGGAUGUUGAAAUCGCUGGAGGUGUUGGAGAUCUAGAAGGGGUAUCUUCAGGAGGCGUUGAAGAAGCACAGAUGAGAGAAGAACAGGAGAGAUUGGUUGAGCAAGCCAUGAAGCCGCCAACGACACCCGAGGAACGUGAGAGAGCAUGGCUAGAAUCCCUUCCCCUUCCAGGAGUGCCUAAAAACGAGCAAGAGAGGAGAGCACUGUGGCGCAAGCUGCCGCAGAAGGUCCGAGUGGCAAUCCGUCGAUUGCACAGGCAGUUCAACCACCCUGCUCCUAGGACCCUCGAAGCGAUCUUGAAGGCAGGAGGUGCUUCCAAGGAAUUCGUGCAGGCUGCCAAGCUUGUACGAUGCGACACAUGCAUCAAAACAUCCGGGAAGCCGAGAGGACAUCCGGUGGGGUCUGGAACGAAGGAGUACCAGGUUGGAGAUGCACUUGGAGUUGACAUCCUUGAGGUGGUUGAUUCUGACAAACAGCGGUUUCAGUGCAUGAAUAUGGUCGACAUAGCCUCUGGUUUCCAACAACUUGAGGUUCUGCGCCCAGUGUCGAAAGAGCAUCAGGGGCCGCCGAGUGCAGAGAUGUGUUUGGAGGCAAUACAACGCUGGGUAACCUGGUUGGGACCCCCGAAGGUCUUAAUGGCCGAUAGGGGCACCCACAACCGGGGGUUGCUCUCCAAGUGGGCCGCAGAGAAAGGAAUCGACCUGAAAUAUGCUCCUACUGAGGCUCCAUGGCAACUAGGAAAAGUCGAAAGACAUGGUGGCCUAGCCAAGGCCAUAGUUCGCAAAGUGAUCCAUGAAACGCCGGUGCGUGGAAUCACGGAAGUCAGGCGGGCUGCGCAAGAGGUAGUGGCCAUCAAGAAUGCUAUGGUCAACUCUGGGGGCUAUAGUCCUCAACAGUGGAUCACAGGCCGCAAUCCGACCGAACCUGGUGCCCUCACCCAUGAGGUCUCCGAACAGCAGCAAAACUCGCCCGAAGCAGGAAGCACACAGGACCCGAAGAAGCGGAAGAUCGUGGUGAAGCAGGCCGAGAUAGCAAUAGAUAAGACGGGCGAAGACAAUGAAGCAUUUGCCGUGGAGGAGAUUGCCAUGGCAACAAAGAUGAAGCAACGGAAAGGGGAACGAGAAGCGACAAAAUCCGGGAGAAGCUACAGCCUGGGUGCCUAUGCGCAUGGACCGUUCGCAGGUUUGACGAAUGCCACCAUGGAACAGGUAUGGUUUGUGAGGUAUGUGAACGAGUACCUGAAGGCAAAGGGUGCAACCGAAGGGUGGUCAAGUUUCGUGGUGAAUUUCAACACAGAAGCAAGUUUGCACAAGGACUCCAACAACCUGCCCGGCUCCAUGAACCAGCUCACAAGCCUAGGUCCUUUCACAGGAGGAGAGUUGUGGGUCAGGGACUCGAGUGCUCGUGGAAAGCAUGCAGAGUAUGAGGGCCGCGCGGGUAGACUGUUGGAAAGCAGGCGUAAGAUAGUUGCCUUUGGCCCUGAUCAACCUCAUGCGACAAUGCCGUUCGAGGGAGAACGCUGGUCCAUAUCCACUUACGCCAGCAGAGGUUACGCCAGCCUGGACAAGGAACAGAGGAAAGCCUUGAAGUCGCUCGGUUUCCACACUGAGCCGCUAGAGGCCCUGAUGAAGGACACCGGAUACUUGAGCUACAGAAACGGGGUUGAGAUUGAUGAGGAUUCGGAUGUUGCAGAGGAAAUGAGUCCUAGCAGUUGGGAACAGGCCAUAAAUGAGGCGACAUCGCGUGAUGGAUCGGAAGACUACUGGCAGGUAAUGAAAGGCCACUUCAUCCGUGUACACAAGAAGCCCCGCGUAAUGCUCUACACCCCCGAUGAAAGUGAUUUCCCAGGUAGCAUUGAUGAGAUCAGCUAUUCCAGAAGUACUUACAAGACGUUUGCAGAUGGAACCAAACAGACAGUAGAAGACGAAUGGGGAAUGAUCCGAGAAGCAGACUCGAAAGACAGUCGUGAGUGGACAGGAUUUACAUGCUUCAAACAAAAGCUCUUCGGUUCGACCGACCUGUCAUCGCUGCCGGAUGCACCAGUCUCGGAUGCAGGUUACAUCGCCUUCAUGACGGAGAGGUUAGCCAAGACCGCGAUCGCAGAAGAAGCAGCUCAGGGUAAGAAGCCCAAGAAACUCGACAUCAGAGAUGUGGACGAGAGAACGCGUGAUGGAAUCUUGGGUGCGCGCGGCGACGAGUGGAAGAAGUACCAGACAUGGAAUGCCGCAGUUCCUAUCCAAGGUGAGUUGCUGGGCAAACUUUUGCAAGAGGGUCACAAGCCCGUGCCAUCCCAAUGGGUGGAUGUUGACAAACACGAACAUCUAAAAGGCACUGAGGCUUACACCCCCAAAUUCCGCAGCAGACUAGUUUCGUGCGGAAACUUUGAGGACGUAGACGAAAGCCAACUGCGAUGCGACUCUCCGACGGCGGAAGCCGAAACACACUGCAUGAUCGCGAGUUAUGCAGCUUGCCAUCGCCUACGGUUGUACUGUGGAGACGUGUCCUCGGCGUACUUUCAAUCGGAACCUCUCGAACGUGUGAUUCUCAUGAAGCAGCCUAGAGGAGGCCUACCAGGCGUGGACCCUGAAGCAAUGUUGCUAUGCCGUCUUCCAGUGUAUGGAACCAUGGAUGCAGGUCGUGGAUUCUUCGUGCGACUCAGCAAGGUUGCCCGACAAGAGGGGCUGAAGAUGUCCAAGAUCGGCCCUGGACUCUACUACGUUCCUGGAACCGACGGAACACCGGCGGUCAUGUUGGGGACGCAUGUCGAUGAUCUGCUGUGGGCCCAUACAGACGAAGGCAAAAAGCUAAUGGACAGGGUAUUAUCCCACUUUGAGCUAGGAAAGAUAGAGGAAGGUGACUUCCGAUAUUGCGGUCGACGCUUCAGACAGGACAAUGAGUACAAUGUAUCCAUCGACACGGAGGAUAACACACGACUGAUCCGGCAUAUCUCUGUGGAGCAGCACAGGAAGGGCUCAGAGAAGAUAACAGAUCAGGAAACCACCUCCCUUAGGAGCGUAGUCGGAUUUUUAGCCUGGGUAGCGAGGUACUCCAGACCAGACCUCUGCUACAGGGUCAAUUGUCUCCAGCGUUGUAUUUCGAAGGCCACAGUAGCAGACCUAAGAGAUGCAAACAAGGUUGUAGAUCUUGCAAGAGCAGACAUGUCGAUGUCCAUGAACUACCCUGCCGGAUUGUUCACAUGGAAGGAAGCAUGCGUGGUGAGUUUCAGUGAUGCUUCGUUUGCUGGAGAGCCAGGUUUCAGAAGCCAGCAGGGACGCAUCCACUACAUCACGGCAGAGAGCAUGGUAGACACGAAUACCCAUGUGGCGCACAUCAUUGGUUAUGCUUCCACCACCAUCCGUCGCGCGGAGACCUACGGGAUGCAAGGAGCAGUCGAGGCAGGGGAUCGCAUCCGCGCUAUUCUCUGUGAGCUCAGAGGUCAGUUGCCAGUGUUGAAGAACUGGCUGGAAGAGUCGCAGAAGCACAUGCGACAUGAGUGGGUGAGUGACUGUCGCAGUCUUACUGAUCAUCUGGGUACAUGCCAUGGAAACAAAGUAACGGACAAAAGAUUAGCCAUCGAGUUGGAAUCAAUGAGGCAACAGCUGUGGUGUGAGGACGUCAAGACCCACGAGCUGUACAAGCCCCACAGUGACAAACUGAGGUGGACAGACACUGCCACCCAGGUUGCCGACGCACUCACGAAGAGUAUGCGUCCACAUCAGCUCUUCCGUAUGAUGCAGGAAGGGAAAGUCAUCCUGAGUGAUCCAACGAAAAAGCUCAAGAAAGGAGAAGUCCCAAGCGGAGAUUGA